CGUAACUGGAUCCACAUACACAUGCAUAUCCUGCCGGCAUCGGCAUUGGUUGAUUCUGGGGGAUUUACCCCAGACUAAUGGCAUUAUAUGACUCUUCCAGCUAUUAUUUAUAUCGCUCAUGAUUGGCAUUGGCAUUAGCAGUGAGCAAUUGAGGAAUACCGAGAAAAUUGAAGAAAUUGAAGAAUAUCAUGUCCCUCCGAAUCAUCAUCGUCGGCGCCGGCCUCAUCGGCCCUCGCCACGCCCAAUCCGUCCUCUCCAACCCAUCCACCGAGCUGGUGGCCCUCAUCGACCCAGCCAGCAGCGCUGCCCUCAUCGCCUCGCAGCUGCAGACAAAGCACUUCCCCUCCAUCCAAGCCAUGCUAGCCGCCAUCCCCAAGCCCGACGCCGCCAUCAUCUGCACCCCAAACCACACCCACGUCCCCAUCGCAACAGAGCUCCUCACGCAUGGCAUCCACAUCCUCAUCGAGAAACCCCUCAGCGACAGCCUCGAAACCGCCCAGUCGUUGCUACGUUUCGCCCGCCGCCCUGAAAACAGCCAUCUGACCGUCCUCGUCGGGCACCACCGCCGCUUUAACCCUUACGUCGAGAAGACCAAGCAGAUACUGGAGAGUAACUCCCUCGGCACACCCAUUGCAGUCAACGGUCUCUGGACGCUCUAUAAGCCUCCCUCCUACUUUGCCCCGCCGACGGAUUGGCGCCGGACCUUCCCGGCUGGCGGCGUAAUCCCCAUUAACCUCGUCCAUGAUAUCGACACACUGCAGUAUGUCUUCGGCCCUAUCACCCGCGUACACGCAGAGAAAACCCCGCGGCAACGAGCUAACCCGCCGCACGAGGUCGAAGAAGGCGCCGCCCUGAUUCUGCGUUUCGCGUCGGGUGUUGUAGGCACGUUCCUCGUUUGUGACACUACACCCUCGCCGUAUAACUUUGAGAUGGGGACGGGGGAGAACCCGCUUAUCCCUCCUCCACCAUCUCCUGGUCCUCUGGAGGGAGGGGGAGGUGGCAGCAGGGCAGACUUCUACCGGAUCUUUGGCUCGGAGGCGUGUCUUAGUGUGCCGGAUAUGACGCGGUGGAGUUAUGAUGGGCGGGCGGAGAAGAGUUGGACUGAGGAGUUGGUUGUGGAGAGGUUUGAAAUUGACCAAAAGGCUGCGCCGUUCGAUUUGCAGCUGGAGCAUUUUGUGGAGGUGAUAGCCGGGAGGGAGCGGCCGAGGUGUUCUGGGGAGGAUGGGUUACGGGCGUUGAUGGUUUGUGACGGGGUGAGGAGGGCGUUGGAGACGGGGGACGCGGUUGACUUGCCUCUGGUAUAGUCUGUAUAUCCUAGACUGGUAA